AAAUCUCACUCCUCUCCUAAAAUCAUAACCAUCCAUUUUCUUAAGAUAAGAAAAAAACAUGGCAGAACCGUCUUGUUUGCUGGGGAAGCUUGAGAUAGAAGUGGAGAUCAAAGCUUCGGCUGAAAAGUUCCAUCACAUGUUCGCCGAGAGACCACACCAUAUCCCCAAAGCAACUCCGGGCCACAUUAAGGGAUGUGAUCUGCACGAAGGCGAAUGGGGCAAAGUCGGCUCAAUCAUCGUCUGGAACUACGUUCAUGAUGGAGAGCCAAAGGUGGCGAAGGACAUAAUAGAAGCGGUGGAUCAGGAGAAGAACCUGUUCAAGAUGAGGGUUAUAGAAGGUGAUCUCAUGAAAGAGUACAAGAACUUUGUGUUGACGAUCCAGGCGACCCCUAAGCAUGAAGGGUCUGGAAGUAUUGUGCACUGGCACAUUGAGUAUGAGAAAAUUAGUGAGGAGGUGGCUCACCCUGAGACUCUUAUCCAGCUCCUUACAGAAAUGUCUCAAGGGAUCGACGAACAUCUCUUGACCGAAGAAUAGAGGACCCCUCCUCGUAUGUGUGUGUGUGUUUGCUCUCGUCUUAAAUAAGGAUGUUUGCUUAAUUAUGUAUUGGGAAUUUAAUAAAACAACUAUCCGGCCAUCCAUUUUUUAA